AUGAGUUCAGGGCAGGGGCACAAGACCGUCCGUGCUAUUCACACAUUUAGCGUGAACACUUCACAUAAUAUAACUGAAUCAGAGGAGAAGUAUUGGUCCAGAGUUGAGAAAUCUGUGCUUGGUCCCAUUCUCAGCAUGGAGAUGGUAUUAGGUGUUCUGGGAAAUGGACUGGUUUUAGUAGUUAAAAUUGUGUGUAAAGACCAUUUUCGGUGCAUUUACUGGCUGCCAUUUGUCAGCCUCACGCUCUCAGAUUUCUUCUGCUCUAUUCUCAUAAUCUGUGGCUCUCUCUUGGCUGUUCUGAGCGAAGGUCAGAUCUCACCAUGGUGUGAGGUGGUCAGUCUGCUAAAAUUCACCUUCAUCACUUCUUCUUUUGGAAGCAUAGCGGUUCUCUGUGUUCAGCGUUUUUUAGGUAUCCCCUCCAAAGGUAAAGGGCUGUCAGUUCUCAUGGCAAUAGCAUGUUUGGCAUCAUGGUGUACUGGAACUAUGUUUGGAGCAGUGCCGGUAGGCUAUAACUGGAUAAAGUAUGACCCUGCAGAAAUGCUGUGUGCAGUUUUCUGGGAAAGCAGUUACUCCGACAUGCUGGUUUACAUCCUCUGUACCUUCUCAAUCUCCAUCUUUGUCCCAUUAAUUCUUAUACUGUUCUGCUGCAUCCUGACUUAUGUAGGAUAUGGGAAAAACUGUGCCAGUGAGGAUGACCUGUCUUCUGUCACUCCACUACUGGUGAUCCUGUAUCUGUUCUGUUAUGCUCCAUUUACUGCAUCUGAGUUAAUUCUCCUCGGAAGGCUCGACCUGUCUCCUUCUCCUGACUGGCUGAGAUCACUUUCAUCCGUCAUGGCGUAUCUGGACUGUUGUUUGAACCCCUUCAUCUACUGCACAAAUAAAGACUUCCGAGAGGCAGUGCUCAUACUGCUGUGGAACAAUAAGAAAUUACACCAUUCUGAGCCAGUUCUAACCGGCAUUACAAAACUUGAAAUAUGAGUAUUAUUCGCAAAUCCUAAAAUGAUAAAUAUUAUAAAAAUGUUUGCAAAACU